GGGAAUGACACCUGCGGAGGCUGAGAUGCAUUUCCUGGAGAAUGCCAAAAAACUAUCAAUGUAUGGAGUAGAUCUCCAUCACGCCAAGGAUUCCGAAGGAGUGGAAAUCAUGCUAGGAGUUUGUGCAAGUGGUCUCUUAAUAUAUCGAGACAGACUCAGAAUAAAUAGAUUUGCCUGGCCAAAGGUUCUGAAAAUUUCAUACAAGAGGAACAACUUCUACAUCAAAAUCCGACCGGGGGAGUUUGAGCAGUUUGAAAGCACUAUUGGGUUUAAGUUGCCAAAUCAUCGUGCUGCAAAGCGCUUAUGGAAAGUGUGUGUUGAGCACCAUACAUUUUUCAGGCUCCUGCUGCCAGAAGCACCUCCAAAGAAGUUCCUCACGCUGGGCUCCAAGUUUCGCUACAGUGGCCGGACACAGGCCCAGACGAGAAGAGCCAGUGCCCUCAUAGACCGUCCCGCACCUUACUUUGAGCGGUCUUCUAGUAAACGUUACACUAUGUCUCGCAGCUUAGAUGGGGCAUCAGUGAAUGAAAACCAUGAAAUGUACAUGAAGGAUUCUGUGUCUGCUGCAGAGGUUGGUACUGGCCAGUACGCCACAACAAAGGGCAUCUCUCAGACCAACUUGAUAACCACUGUGACUCCCGAGAAAAAGGCAGAAGAAGAGAAAGAUGAUGAAGAGGGCAAAAAGAAAAGAGCAGAGGAAGUCACCCCGGUCUCGGCCGUACGCCAUGACACCAAG